GGCUGUGGCACUGCCCCCAGCACCUCCCCUGCACUGUCCUGGCUGUGGCAAUGCCCCCAAUUCCCCCCUACGCUGUACGGGCCAUAGCACUGCACUCAGCUACCACAUACAGAGCCUGGAGCAAAUGGGCUCCUUCCCACACGUCCCGCACCUUGGCCUCUGGUGUGCCCCAGGGCUGGCCCCACAUACACACCAUGGCAGCAACUCUCCCCUACACACCCCACUAGCUGCAGGGGAACCUCACAGCAAUUCCCCCCACACACCGUGAGCCCUGGCGAGAGCCUCACAGUGACACACAAUCACCCCCCCACGCCCAACACCCUCCCGAGAGGGCGCCUUGCAGUGACUCCCCCACCCAGGAGUGACCUUAGUCUGCACCCUGGAGUUACAGCCACUAGGCGGCAAAUGGUGCAGCUCCCGUCACUGAGAAUUGGGGUCUCUGCAGUUGGGGGGACCCAGUCAGGUCAGCUCGUGCUCCCACAGGGCUGGGCUCAGGGCCAUUAGGGUGGAUUUAGGCUCUCACUGCCUAUCGCUGUGUGAGCACGCAAAGGGUUAAAAGGUGCACGGGUUUGUUUGCCAGGGAGCACAGCAGCUGGUUCGGCAGCUGGCGAGAGACCGUUAGAAAGGGAAGGGGAAGCGGAGGGGCGGGGAUGGUGCUGAGAGACGGGCUGGGGUCCCUCUGCCUGCUGCAUUGUUCAUGCCUGGCUCUGAGGCUGCAGCCUCUCACCAUGGGCCUGCCCUCAUGGCUGCUUGUACAGCUCCUGGCCACCACAGUACUUCAGCUUCUGAGCCGCAGCACCGCAGCCCCUUUCCCUACCUUGGCGCCCCCACUUACCAUGGUCAUUAACGGCGAGAGGAAGACCUUAGUGGUUUGUGUGGUGAACGACCUCUCCCAGGACACAGCAGAUGCCAUCUGGUUUUCGAAUGAGAAUGGAAGUGCCCUGGACUCCUUCACCUACGGGGUUUCCAGGGAGGAAGACGGCACAUUCAGCACAGUCUCUCACCUCUCCAUCCACACUGCAGAACUGGAGUCCUGGGAAUCCCUCGCCUGCCAUGUGAGACAGAACAGAACCGCCCAGGUGUGGAGUGCCAGGUCCCUGCUGAUCUCUGAAGACCAUGUGGAAGAGCCAUGUCUGGAUGAAGACCGAAAUGCUCUGCCCGUCUGUUCACAAAUCCUGCUUCUCUUGGCUAUCAGAGCGUUGUUGCUGAAGUUCCUCCUGUUUGACAUUCUCAUUACCUGCAGCUUCCUCUUCAAAGGGGGACGCCGAGCCCUACUGCUGAACUCUGCAAAUAGUUCCUCUGCUCAGGCUUGGUUCGGCAACGGAGAAUCAGCCUCGCCUGUCAGCAUGGAGAGCAGACCGAGGCAGAGACUGAGUCGGACAGAGUUAGUGACUGGAGCUAGCCACCCCAGGGGUAGCAGAGACAGAGCUUCCAACACCAUUUCCUUACACCUUCCACCCAUCUGAGCUAGAGCAAAUCAAAUGACCCACUAGCAGCUGUCCUCACAGUGGGAUUUGGGGCAGUUUACAAGGUGUUGCACGUGGUUUGCUCACCUCUCUGCCCGCUAUGCUGUCAGCCAGGACACGGCAUGUACCAUGUGCAGAACAGAUGGGCCACAGCUGGACCAAAGUGUAAAACAGAAGACAACAAACCUAGGCUAAUGGUGUACCAGCCCAAGUGUUGAGUUGGGCAUGGGCCCAGGUUUCCCUCUUGGUCAUCUGUUCUCAUUUUUUUUUUUUUGUCUUACUGGGUAAACUGCACAGUUUGCAGAGGAGUAUGGAGUUCACAGGCUGCAGCAAUGUUCUCCAUGUACUAGCAACAGUGAUACAGGGCUCAUCUCUAGCACCCUACUUGCAAGCGGCAGGAAACACCUUGUUAGUAAAGAAAAUCCUUUUCUGGGCAAAGAGAUCAGUUGGUUCUCGGAGUCAGCACCCAGGGAAAUUCGCUUCAGAAGUCGUCCUGUUGCUUUCUGGGUGUUCAAUUUAAAAAUAAAUAAAUAAAUAAAUUUU